UAAAUGCAAGUCUCGCGAGAUAAAGCUUACAUUUUACAUCUUUCAGUAUUACUCGAACCAGUUAAAAAUAUCCCGAUCGACAUCGAAAAUGAAGGUGUUUGCUGUGCUCAUUCUAUGUGUUUCGCUGUGUCACGCCCAAGAUUUGAACGAUGACGCUGAAAGUGUGAAAGUUCCACAGUGGUAUCUGGUGCCGCUUCACAGAAACAGAAGGCAAACAAAUUGGUCAUUGAGCGGGCCAAAACUGACAGGUAGCGUAAGCCAUCAAGGAACCAUCUUCAACAGUCCAAACCACAGAUUGGAUGGGUCGGCAUACGCUUCGAAAAACUUCGCCCAGUCAAGGGGACUUCAACCCGACAUGAUGGGAGGUCGUUUGGACUACUCGCACAAACCAACAGGCUCGGGAGUGAGCGUUGGAGCGGACCAUAUGAGAGGAGGUGGUACCGAUUUGUCUGCCACCGGCCGUUACAACAUUUACAAUACGAAAAACUGGAACGUGGGGGUAUCUGGAGAAUACAGCAGACAUUUUGGGGGUCCGGGAGGUACCGGUAGACCAAACUACGGCGCGUUUUUGAGUGCCACUGGGAGAUUCUAGUCGGUAUCAUUGAAAAUUAGUUCAAAGCCAAAGAUUCGCCUAACAUUAUAUUGUAAUAAAAUAA